AGAGAUUUCUGAAUAAUUAUGUUCGUGAUUGAUAACUCCGUACAAAUAAAGGAACUCAUGUUUAUUAAUUAUUAAAGGAAAUCAAAUAUAAUGUAAUAAUACUUAAUCUUGUGAAAAUCUUUACUUUUUUCUAAGCGUUUCUGGAGGUUUCCUUGUCACAAAUUGUAACUUUCAGCUGAUUGUUGUUUACGCAAAAAUUUAGAAAUGUAUUCUUUUGAGGGCGACUUUAGAAGGAAACCUCAGCAAAAUCUAGCAGGUGCUAGUGCUCAGCGUAAGACUGAUAGGGAUAGUCUUAUACACCAGUCGCAAUUACAACGACAAAAACGAGAGGAACAUAGAAGAAGACUUAUUAGUACGAUAAAAAUCCAAGCUUAUGUUCGAAGUUAUCUCACUAGAAAGCACUGUAAACAACAUGAAAGGCAUAAUUUUGAUAACCUAUUCUCUCAAAUCGUGAAUGACGAUCACGCAAUUUUAUCAAGCCUUGUCGCCAAAAUAUUGUUCUUUUAUGAUCACAAAACAGACUGUAACAGAUUGGUUUCAAUAUCACAAAUUUUACUCAAGCAAUGGCAGAAGGUAUUUCAAAGUAGUGGUUCAUCAAUACAAAUAAGAAGAUUGUUAGUUUUACACUUACGGCUAUUGAAAGAUGAUUCAGAGGUGCCCUUAGCUGUACCGUUACGAAUGUUCGAAGUUUUUACAUCAGCCAAUACAGUAACGAAUGUGAUGAAUCGUGAAGAUGCCAUCAAUACUGUUGGACGAACUUUCCUUUAUCUUGUCAAAAGAGGCUACUUUAAAGAUAUAUGUCAGUUAAUAUGUAGGCGAACACCUCCACUGUACGGGCCGUCGCCGAAUCCGCCGACUCCACUCUGUGGAGCCCUUUUUGAUCUAAUACAAAGACCUUUAAGCAUCACAAGUAGAGUGAAUAUAGCUGAAUAUGAUGAUACAAUUAUGACGGAGUUUACGUCGGCAUUUCUAUGCAAGCCAUAUCCUGAACCAAUAGAAAUGUUCAUCAUACCAGCACUAACUGGCGAUGCAAAUAGACCUUUUCCCUUCGUCUCGUUGAUACAAUGCCUGCAAGAUGAUUCUAAGUAUAAUGAUGGGAGACUCUUGAAUGACUCCUGGUUAUUGCAUUCUGUUUUAAUGUUGGAACCUGUUGGUUUUGUUAAUGAUGUGCGAAGAUUAGAUCACACAAGACUGCCGCUCAAUAGAAUUGUACUCAAUUACCUUAAGGUCUUAGCUAAACUAACAGUGAAUGCGUGCAAUAAACAAAUAACGUACGAGUAUGAAGACUCAUUGUACAGUCAAGAAACAGCUGCCGACAAUGACGACGAUGAUAGUGAUAGCGAAAGUGAACCUAAUCCCACUUCAGUUAGAGAACAAAAUCUUUUGACCAAAUGUGUUGAGACGUUGAAUGAACCUGAGCGGUGUGUGAUGAAAACGUGCGCACAGAUCGUGGAAAGUGACUUGAGUGAUGAAUUUUUGGACUCCAUGUCGCAGAUAUGUCAUAAUUUACUAUUGAGCCAUCGGAUGGCAUUACAUAAAUAUAGGUUACUAUACACGCUAGCUUUCAAACCGAUAUUCCUACGUGGUUUAUGGCAAUGGCUGACAAGUAUGUCUCACGAAUCGUCAUUCGGUGGGUCGAAUACGCCGUUAAUAUCAGCAUUAUCCCGUGGUAUGGGAGCAGAUACCUCAGUCAUUGGAGUACAUAGACUGUUAGCACCGUUGGCUGUGUUCUGUGCGUUGUUCACUCUGCUGAUCGGAACUCUGCAUGACACCGAGUUCUUUAGGGAUAUGGACGGCGACGAUAAGAUAUGCCUUCCGAACAUGUCAAACAGUUCCCCCGCUGGGCGUGUCCACGCGUUCGAUUUUUCUGAACUAAGUGGAUUAUGCCGUACACUGAAACAAGUGUGUCUCGGUUUAGUGGAACUAGUGUAUCCAGAAACCAGACCGUUUGUAGUAGUACAAUAUAAAGAUUCGGCGGGAGGUUCUCAGAGUGAUGUGUCUGGGAAGAAUUUGACGCCGGCUUGGACUCAUUUGUUCAAGGUAUGCACGCAACUCCUCCGUGCACUAUACGCCCGGGACAGCCGGCUACAAUUUACAGGCGGUGUGUCCUGGGCAUCUCCAGGGGCAGCUGGUGUUCCGCCCGCACCAGCUGAUGGUACUGCCGCGUCUCUGGCCGUGAGAGGACGGAACCGUAGGACUUAUAGGGCACACCUCGCUCAUCUAGCACCUACUACUGACCAAGAUGAGGGUCCCCCAUUAACAAUCAAGGAAUUGAGAACAGUCACUAUAUUGAGAGAGAUACCAUUUGUUGUGCCAUUCGCGACGCGUGUUCUGAUUUUCCAAGGCCUUUUGUUGAGGGAAAAGCAUGACCAUUGGUAUGAAAUGACGAAUUUCAAUGAAGGUCCAUCAAUAAAUAUUAGCGUUCGUCGAACGCAUCUAUACGAAGACGCUUUUGAUAAAUUAAGACCUGAGAACGAACCAAAUUUAAAACUUAAACUUCGAGUUCAGCUAAUAAAUCAAGCUGGUGCAGAAGAGCCCGGAGUAGAUGGCGGUGGACUUUUUAGGGAAUUUCUAUCUGAACUAUUAAAAUCAGCCUUCGAUCCCAACAGAGGACUGUUCAGAUUGACAAAAGACAACAUGUUGUACCCAAACCCUGGUGUUCACUUGCUGUAUGAUGAUUUUCCCAUGCACUACUAUUUUAUUGGAAGGAUGUUAGGAAAGGCGCUAUACGAGAAUCUGCUAGUAGAAUUGCCUCUAGCGGAAUUCUUCCUAGCUAAACUAUGUUCGUCCCGCGAGCCCGACGUGCACGCACUCGCGUCUCUCGACCCGGGACUGUAUAGAGGCUUGCUGUUGCUCAAGUCCCACAGGUGGGAGGACGUACCGGACUUGGGACUGGACUUUACUAUUGUUAGCGAUGAACUAGGGGAGCAAAGGAUAGAAGAACUUAAACCGGGCGGCGCCAACAUUCCCGUGACGGCCGAGAAUAGGAUAGAAUAUAUUCAUCUCGUCGCUGAUUUUAAACUUAAUAGGCAAAUCCGAGCACAAUGCGCUGCGUUAAAGCGCGGGCUGACUUCGGUGGUGAGCUCGGAGUGGCUGCGCAUGUUCUCGUGCCGCGAGCUGCAGCUGCUGGUGUCCGGUGCUGAGGUGCCCAUCGACCUGGACGACCUGCGCGCGCACACGCAGUAUGGCGGUGGAUUCUCAGAAACUCAUCCAGUGAUCGUACAAUUCUGGAAGGUUGUGGCUCGCUUUACGGACGACCAGCGUCGGCAGUUACUUAAAUUCGUCACCAGCUGUUCAAGGCCACCGCUUUUGGGUUUUAAGGAUCUACAACCGCCGUUCUGCAUCCAAUCAGCGGGAUCCUCUGACCGGCUGCCCUCAUCCUCAACUUGCAUGAACCUGCUGAAGAUCCCCGAGGUCCAGGAUGAGGAGGUGCUCGCUGAGAAGCUGCUGUACGCGAUACAAGCGGGCGCCGGGUUUGAACUUAGCUAGGGAUCAUCGAACGUGAAGAAUGAAUGUUAUUUUACAAGCCGGUUAUUAAAUUAGUGUUCAUAUAGAUAUAAAUAGAAUAUUUUUACAAAACGUUAAUCUCAUUGUGAUAAUAUGGGCCGAUGGUGUAAAUAUAUUAUUGGAACAAAUUCAUUUGCUUUAUUUUAUUUAUGAACAACGUAUGGAAAUCUUGAUAUAUUUAUAACAGAUGCAUAAUUUUUAAAAAGAAUACAUGUAGCGGUUUUUUAAACUUGAAUUAAGGAACGAAAAAGUUUUUUAUAAUCUGGUGUCAAAUUGUUAAUUUAUACUUGAUUCAUGUAAAUAUAAUAAAUUGUUUAAGGAGC